AUGUGCCGUGUUCUGAACAUCCUGUUGGCUCUGCUGAGCCGCUUCCUGUUUGCCGUGCACGGUGUUCUAACCGUGUGGCGUGUGGUAACUGUUAAGGAUGAGCCCACUUAUUGGCUACUGCUGAUGGGUGUGGCCCUGCUGGGAGUUGAGAUGGCUGUCACAGUGAAGUGCACUCGCAAUGUGGAAUGGAGAUGGUUCUCACCAAUGAUCUUCCUCUACCUCAGCACCGUCAUCCCUUCCAUCUGGUUCCUGGAGCUCAGCCUUCUCCAGUCUAAGCUGCCAGUCAACUCUUCCUUAGGCACUGAUCUCCAUCUCCUCUCCCAGAUCCCCAUAGCAGCGGGCCUGGUGGAGCUGGAGCCAGAGAACUGGGUAGCUGGCCUAGAGCAGACCAUGCUAAUUGUGUUGGUCUUGGGGCGUUGGCUCAUGCCCAAAGGGGACAUGUCUCGUGACCAGCUCUCCCAGCUUCUCAUGGUUUACGUGGGCCUCGGUGCCGACAUCCUCGAUAUUUUCGAUACCUUCAAAGAACCCGAGGUCAAAACCAACCAGGCAGUGAUCAUCGUUGGCUUGAGCCUCUUCACCUGGGCUCUUAUGCAGUUCCCCUUAGUUCUUACCCAAACCAGCCGCGCAAAGACCCAGCCUAGGCUCCAGGAGGACCAACAGGAGAGUGUGGCAAUCUCCAAAAGUCUGUGCAGCUCCUGCAGCUCCUGUUGCUCCAGUGAGGUUUGGAGCCUACUCCUGACAGUGGGUCUCCAGGAUGGGCCUUUCCUGGUGUACAGGCUCUACCUGAUGAUCCGUGAGAAGGUCUUGAACCAACUCAUGAUAUUCUUCACCUGCAAGAACAUCCUGGUUGUUCUGCUUGAAAUCUAUCGAAUCUGUGUGGUGCACUUUGAGCCUGGACAGCAUGGUGAGCCUGAAUCAUGUGAUAUGCUUCAUAGCCAAUCAGAGAAGCAGGAUGGAGAGGCUCCAAAUCAAAGUUGUGAGAUUUAG